AUGUACUGGGAGGUGAAAGAAUCUCACCGAUUGCAAGAGAAGGAAAAUUUCACAAGCAUUGCGAUUGGUGGAAAACUGCGUAUUCUAUCUCCAUCACUUCGUCUUCGGCCUGUUGACGCAAUUAUUCCAUGCGUCGUUCUUCCUCAUGUUUCGGUCAAGUCUUCGACGAGAACGCCGCCCAGCAGAAGUCGAUGCGGGGCUAGUAGUUCUCAAUCGAGGGGGGCAAAUCAUCGAUCCAGCGCAUCCGCUUCGCCAUCUACCAGCUCAACGUCUGGACUCCGACGCCGCUCCAAUGGCAGCGGUAGCUCAAAAUCAACUGGCGAUCCGGCGAAAGCAUCGACAUCGGCCAACAGAUCCGGCGGAAGCAAAAGCGUUCAUUCCGCACCCGUUGCGGCACCUGUUCGACCUCCACGCACGCUCCAGCCGGUCAACCAGUCAACGGAAGUGAGAAAGAGGAGCGUGCGGACGUCGAGCAGUGGCAGUACGCUCCGCUCCGCAACUGCAGCUUCAUCCGCCAAGACCCCGACAUGUUCCGCCAGGAAAUCUCCAGCCGCUCAGGCUGAUCGCAAGACUUUGGUCAGCGCUUCCGGCGGUGGAGGAACACCUCUGGCUAAUAGGACGAACCGUCUAGUAACCAACUCGUCCUACAAGAGUAGGAAUUCCGCAUCAGUCAAACAGGAUGAUGCUUCGGCCGUGAGCGGAAUCAAAGUGACACCAGUUGCAGUGGGUUCGGGCCGCUAUAAAAUCCGCAUGGAUCAGAGAAUUGCAGCCGCAGCUGCGGAGAAGGCGUCCAAGACGACCACAACGAAAAAAACAACAACAUCACAACGAACUAACGGAAUAAAAACGACAACAACGACGUUGGAGAAACGAUCAAACACGACAUCGAGCAGCCGGAAUACGACAGUCAAACCUGACAAAUGAUGAACCAAUCCACGUUAUAAACAAAGAAUAGCAUUAUAAAAUUUUUUAAAAAUAGUUUUUGUUCAGGAUCAAUGUAGUGUAUAGGUGUCGACGGUGUUGAGUGAUCAUCAACGACCAAUUAAAGACGAAACGCUUGUCAUUAUCAAA